AUGUCUGGUGCUGAUCCUACUUGUUACAGUAUUGACUCGUGUUCUGCCAAUAACAACAACACUAGUAGUAAGAUGUACAAAGGGGUGAGAAAGAGAAAAUGGGGCAAAUGGGUAUCUGAAAUUAGGCUUCCCAAUAGCCGUGAGCGCAUAUGGUUGGGCUCUUAUGAUACCCAAGAGAAAGCUGCUAGGGCCUUUGAUGCAGCCCUUUAUUGCCUACGUGGCAAAAGUGCAAGUUUCAAUUUCCCUGACACCCCUCUUAACUUGGACAUCAAUGUGCCUCACCAAUCUCUUUCCCCGCAGGAAAUUCAAGAGGUAGCGGCUAAGUUUGCCAACAACCACCCACCUUUGGAGAGUGCUCAAGAGGAACCAUUGUUAGAGUCACAAAGUGGUGGUGAUCAUUCAUUUGGGUUGUUUGAAUCCAAUAAAUCUAAGUCCAACCCCGAGAGUAGUUCUUUGUCAAUCCCUAUGUAUGAUUGUGAUUAUGGGACCAUGCAAGUGGACCAUGGGGACUUAGAGGCCACGGAUUGGACAUUUUUUAACAUGUUGGAUGACUUGAAUGGCUCCGAUUUUCGCCUCUAUUUUGGGCCAGACAAGAUGCCCUCGGGUGAUUUACUGUAUUCCACUCAACCACCACUACUUUUUGAGGAUAAUAAUGGGGAUGAGAUUGAAGGUGGUGAUACUUUCUCUAACCAUUCCUACCUUUGGAGUUGGAACUUUUAA